AUGGAUUCAAAGGGCCGGAGCGGGAAGAGUAAUUUGCUCGGGCGGGGAAAUGUUUUGAUGAGCGGGGCUAGUGCAAAUAGCAAUCAGCAUCCUUACGGACGUCGUCAUGUGAACAGCGCGGGCGGUGUGUUGACCAACGCCUUUGUUGCAUCACCGGCUUCACUUUACAGCACCCCUCAACCUCUUGACCCGUUCUGUCAACACUUGCCGGACGCCUUUCCCUCCACCCCGUACACGCCCGUGGGCCAAUUGUUUAUGUCUGCUUCUGUGAGGAGUGCAAGACCGAAUGCCUCCUUGUUGAUGCAUUCAACGACACGCAGCAUCACUCCCGUAACAAGCUCAAAGUUUUCCCACUACACGACAAUAUACAACAUUGAGAAUAUGCCAGCGCCGAGUGUAAUGAAUUCGAAACUAAUGACGCAAAUGUAUCAAACAACAGCUCGUUAUACAGGAAAAGAAAUUGCCUUGCGCCGUCUUGUGAUGACCACCGCAACUGCAGAAGAGUGCAGUGCCGUUAAUGAACGCUUUCGACACUACCGACAUCCCAACUUAGUUCCAUUAACGGGUGUGAUUCUCACAGAUGAGUUUGUUAUGGGUAGCAA